AUGGAGGACGACCAAGACAAGGCUUUCCAAUACCAGGACCAGCUGGAGCCCACAGAUUUACCGUCGAUAUGCCAGAAAAUCAACGAGAAACAGACCCCGAAACGUGUCAAACUAUACUAUCUUAUUGAUGAAGCAUGGGCCGAUGAAGGGACCGGUUACUGCAUUGGAUCGAUAGAAGACAAUAAAGACGCUUAUCUUGUAAUUGAAAACGAGGAAAAACAGAAUGACAUUCUCUUGAAAGCCCAAAUUUUUGGAAAUACCCAGUAUCAAAAACAACAAGAAACUCUUAUUGUAUGGACCGAUGCUAAUGGGGUGGAUAUCGCCAUUUCAUUUCAAGAAUCGGAGGGAUGCACCCUUUUAUGUGAAUUCAUUAUUCUGGUGCAGAAAUAUCUAGAAAACAAGAUUAGUCUAGUAGCGAUUUUGGCUGGGGAAGAAGCAGGAGUUACGGAAAUCAUUUGUGGACCCAUUGAAUACCCGACAAACCCAACAAUGGACCCCGAUAACUUGAAUUAUAUUUGUUCGAUACUUCUGAUCAAUGGUAAUUCUAUGGCGGGGAGAGAAGAAAUCGCCAAGUUUCUUGCCAUUAACGCAACGUUCUUAACGGAUUUAAUUGAGGUUUUCCGCCAAAGUGAGACAGAACAUAAUUUGAGGAAUUUACAUCGACUAUGCUCCAUUGUCAAAAUUUUGAUAUCGUACAAUGAGAACGGGGUAUUUGAAGUUCUUUUUAAUGACGAGAGCUAUUUUUUGGACAUAAUUGGAAUAUUGGAAUACGACCCGGAAUUCCCCACUUAUAAAUCGAAAUUCAGAGAGUAUUUACAAAACGAUUCGAAAUUCAAAGAAAUCAUCCCCAUUGAAGAACUCAAAAUGAAAAAACUCAUCAUAUCCACUUUCAAUUUUCAAUUUUUAAAAGAUGUUGUUUUGGCGAGAUUGUUGGAUGAUCCAUCGGUCAAUUCGAUCGCCACAUUGAUUUAUUUCAACCAAGUGGAAAUUCUCAAGUUUCUUCAGGAAGAAGAAAAUUUUUUGUCGAACCUAUUCAAUUUAUACAACCCCGAGUCACAAACCCCGCAAGGUACUAAAAGAGGAGGGGUUAAAAUGAUCCACCAAUAUGUGAUCAUCUCUAAAUCUUUACAAGCAUCCCAAAGAUCGGAUUUCUUCAAAGCAUUGGUGAAAAAGGGAUUAUUUAAAAUGAUCAAAUUUUCGCUUAAAGAUUCACAAGUUGAUAUCCGAGUGAUUGGUACGGAACUUAUUGUGGCGAUUUUGGAACAGGACGCCACUUUGAUCAAUGGUAUUGGGGAAAUAGAUAAUGAUAAACGGACGAUCGAAGAGAUCAAUGGUCAAGAUGAAGCGGUGAAGAAACGGAAACUCGAUGAAUCAAACAAAUCUAUCAGCAUACCCAGCCCGGAAAAAAACCCCCCGUCAGAGGCAAAAACUUCGUAUUCCAAGAUUCUCCACCAAGUGAAAUUUAAAACAAAGAAAGAAGAUACCCCAAUUAAAUUCAGUAGUGAUAUGAAUUUAUUACUUGUGCUUACCGAUUUGCUAAUUGAAGAAGUUGAUCAAGGGUUGAAAGCCCAAGCGUUCUGCGCGAUCAAAUCAUUACUUGAUCCCAAUAAUAAGGUGACUCCUGGUGCGGUAGUGAGUUUUGAGAAACUCAACAAGGUAACUUUUGAUACCGACGCGUAUAUUAACAGCUUCUAUGAGAAAGUCGCGCCGAUUCUAUUCAAACCAUUGGUUGAUCUUGCUGAUUGGAACGGUCAGGCAGGUACCAUAAACCGCCAGGUUGAUGAAUUGUUGAUAUUGCAUUUGUGUGAUAUCAUUACUAUUUGUGCCAAAGACCAUAGAAUAGAAGCCAGGUCGUUUAUUAUGGAGCACCGGAUUUUGGAAGGGAUUAAUAAAUUACAAAUGAGCAGGUUUGCUUCAACAGCAGGAGAUGGGAAAAAUCAACAUCAAGCUCCAUUCAAGAAGAAUGUUCAAUUGGCGGCAAUCAGGUGUAUCAAAUCCAUAGUUCUGUUGAAUGAUGAGUUUUAUACCAGAAAUAUCAUCACUAAUGACUUGUUGGGGAACUCUUUGAGAUUGCUUAUUUCCACUGGCGGGAAAUUGAAUCUUGUUCAUUCGACGAUCUUGGAUUUAUUAGAUUUGAUCAUUGUGGGUAACCAGGAUCUUGACGAUUGUGUCAAUUAUCGAUUGUUGAUCGAGUAUAUGUUUGUGAAGUACCGGGAUCUAUUAGAAACCAUUAGUAAUCAGUCGACCAGUGGUAAAGUAAUCGUUGAAAUGUGCGGAGGUUGUUUAGAUAAUGAGAAUGAGAAGUUGGAAACAAAAGAUUCUACCAAAGAUCAAACAAAUGUCGAUCAACGGGAUAAUGGUGAUGAGAAGCAGAAGGUGUUAGAGGCAAAAGGGUCUCCUGAAAGGAAAAGCAAAAUGAGAGGGCUUAAAAAGAAGGUAUCAUUAACGAAUAUGAGGCUUCGAGUUAAUAACAAUGGAAAAUCAAAAAGCCACGAAAGUGAAUUUGAAUCCAAAGAUGGGAUUAGAGGUGGUGAUGAUGGUGGAAAUUUUGAAGAUGAAGAUGUUGAGAUGAGCGUACUGCCGUUACUGAAUGUUAGUGAAGCCGGAGCACAGGAUGGGGGUAAGCUAAUCAAGGUCAAAUCGAUUUCUAAAUUCAAGAUGAAUUUGACAGGGAAAUUAUCGACGUCUUUAAAUUCUAUUAGUUCUGGAAUUAGUUCAAUUAACGAACCAUCAGUCAAUACUGAUGGUGAUAAAGGAUCGUUUGAACAAGACCCUGUCGAUGAUAAUGAUGAUGAUGAUGAUGAUGAUGAUGAUGAUGAUAGCUGUGCGAAACCAGAUGAUUUACCAAGUGGAGGUGAUUUGAUGAAAGGUUUAUUUGAUAAAGAGGUCGCUAAGAAUGAAGAAGGGGGGAAUGGUGGUAUAAUUAAGGCUUCUGGGGUCAAUAAUAAUGAGAAUAAUUCUUCUUCUGAUGAAGAAAAGAAACAAUCUUUGAAAGGGAUCAUUGGAAAAACUCUAAAAUUCAAAAGAUAA